GAAGUACUAACAGCUGCUUCUCAUCUCAUCUCAUCUCAGCCAAGCUCAGUGCUCAGCCCUAUGGAAACUCCUGCCAACUUUUCUAUGAGAUCUGUACCAGACCAUCCGUCCUCCCCUUGGUGAAGGGGCAAGCCAGGCCCCCCCAUGGCUUUUGUGUCUGACAAUAGCACAUUGGGACAAUAUGGUGAAUAUGGCAAUGGCACAAGCAUAGGCAACCUGUGGAAAAAUGCUCAGCCGGCUGAAAUCGUCGGCAUUGUUUUGUCAAUCUCUGGAAGUUUCUUAAUAAGCAUCUCUCUUAAUCUCCAGAAAUACACUCAUGUCCGGCUUGCGUGUCAGCAAGACCCUUUACCCUAUUACAAAAGCAAGUUAUGGUGGUUUGGGAUGUUCCUCAUGGGAGUCGGGGAGCUUGGAAACUUUACAGCCUAUGGCUUUGCCCCAGCUACACUCAUUGCACCUCUAGGAUGUGUGGCUGUAAUAGGAAGUGCUGCUAUAUCUGUGGUGUUCCUGAAAGAAACCCUGAGGCCGUCCGAUAUAGUAGGCGGAACCUUGUCAAUUGCAGGAACCUACCUCUUAGUCACUUUUUCUCCCAAUGUAUCGGAAGAAAUAACCGCCUUGAAAGUGCAGAGAUAUGUUGUGAGCUGGCCCUUUCUACUUUAUUUGAUCAUAGAAAUAAUAAUCUUUUGUGUCUUGCUGUAUUUCCUUGAAAGAAAGGGACUGAACCAUAUUGUGGUUUUGCUGCUGCUGGUAUCGCUGCUGGCUUCAUUGACAGUGAUUUCUGUUAAAGCUGUUUCGGGCAUGCUGGUACUGACAUUUAAGGGAUCAAUGCAGCUGACUUAUCCUAUAUUCUACGUCAUGUUUGUGGUAAUGGUGGUGUCCUGUGUAUUUCAGGUCAAGUUCCUAAAUCAAGCCAUGCAGCUAUAUAAUGCAACUGAAGUGGUGCCGAUUAACUUUGUAUUUUUCACAACAAGUGCGAUACUUGCAGGAGUAAUAUUUUACCAGGAAUUUGAUGGUGCUUCCAUAUUCAAUAUUUUGAUGUUUAUCUUUGGGUGUUUUUUGUCCUUCUUUGGGGUGGUCCUGAUAUCCAAAAACCAAGAAAAGCGUGAGCCUCCAGAGCCCUUUAUUAAAAUCGGUGAAAUCCCGGGGAAGGAAACAGUUGAUGUGAUCCAGCCAGAAUCAAUGUCAUAUGGGACCAUGUCGAAUUAGUUACUCAUCAGCAGCCAAAGCCAAGAUGAAAGAAAAUGAAAUUGGGUCAUGGAGGGGAUAGAAUUUAUUUAUCGCCUCUGAUUUUUCCGCUCUGCAUCGUGCCUGCAUUCAAAUCACUUUAUGAUUUUUUCAUGCAACCAAAAAAAAACCCGUUAUGUUUUCCUAAGGGCCUUUGAUGUCAUUCUGACUUUAUGUUUGAAUGUUGUCAUCCUAUGUGCCUGUACUGUACCUGUUUGAUGAAUGACAAAUCCUAAGCAGUCCUUACUACUUAUUUAUAGUUAAUGUAUAUUUAUUUUUAGUUUUCAUGUGUUUUCAAUGAAGAAAGGUGGCUUGUAUGCAUUUAGUCCUUAAAGGGCAUGUAAAGUCUAAAAUAGAAUAAGGCUAGAAAUGCUGUAUUUUGUAUACUAAAUAUAAACAUGAAUUUACUGCA